AUGCAUACAAGAAGGGGUGCUGUGAAUCCUGCGCCACCGAAGGAGGACGACGAUAACAACCCUGCCAGAGAUGAAGAAAAAAAUGCACCUACAGUCACGCAUGAGCUGGCCUUGACAAAACUUCAGCUGGAGGCAGAAAAAGAAAGAGGGCGACUCAGAGAAGAAACCAUCGUAAUGUUGAAAUCAGACAAAAACCACCUUCAGAAAGAACUGACCAGCAAAGAUGAAUUCCCGCGAGAAUUACUCAAGAAUGGGAACAGAUCGAUGGAGCCUUCAUCAAGUUCAGGGGACUCUUCCAAGGUUCAAAGUCAGUUCAAAAGAGUCUUGGUCUUUGAUGAUGACUCUGAAGUCGCUUUGACCUUAGCCAUCGACUCGCCACUGUCCGACUCAUCCUUGGAAGAUGACUCCAAGAAGAAGAAGAAGAAGUUCAAGAAGAAGAGAUCUCCAAAGUUGGCUGGAAGCCCCAUAUCAGAAACCAGUCGUGUUCGUGUGAAAACCUGCACAGACAUCAUUAAAAGGUACAAGGCAGUGCUGAAGAAGUACAACGAGGGAGGGUCCAUGAAAGCUGCCUUUGAGGAAGUUAGUGUUGACCGCAACACGAUCGCCAGAACAGCAGUCAUUGCGGAGCUUAGCCUUGCAGCCCCUGAAGCUUUCAUAGCUGUAGGCCAGUGGAACGAGAAAUCCGAAAAGCUCGCCGCAUUUGUCGACCGGUGUCGUGCUAUCAUUACAAUCAAGUGUAAAGGGGAAAUAAGCAAAAUGAAAGAGAAGGGUACUUUACUGCCCAUUGCACAUUAA